AUGGAGGGCGUUCAGACUGUGGAUGUGAGCUGGCUUCAUCAUUCACAAAAAGAUCAUCUUUCGCGAACAAAGUCAGUUUCGUCGACCAUCAGCGACAAACCCUCCACAGAUAAGAGCUCGACGACUGCAACCUCCAACUCUCACCGAAGAUCUCGUUCGAAUAGUAGCCCAGCUGGCCCGCCUUCUUCGGACAAACCGCCACCCAAGCGAGAACCUCAGAAUGACGCUAUCAAAGUAGAGGAGAAAGGGCAGGCAAGCGAGAAGACCGCAGAGCCGCCGAAACAACCACCGCCUCAACAACAACAACCAUCGACUCCGUCCCCGGCCGUACAGAAGAGUAGCCCAAAGCCUGUCGGCGGGCGGCGAGGUUCAUGGAUAUCUAGUCUGAGUUCCAAAUUCUCCUCUGGGUCGACGCCGCCGUCGCAGUCUACUCUGAAGGGCAGCCCUGCGAGUCCCAAGGCCACAUCUCCCCUCGAUGCUCACAACCCCUUUGGCGCAGCCUAUUUCCCAAAGGAGAGCAGCUAUGAUGAGAAGAAGGAUGACUCCGCUAUAUCUACCUCGACUUCGCCUAAGGGACCCUCCUUCAUCCAUAAUGCGCUGCGCAAGUUCUCAUCCAACUCCGGAGGCCUCCCGAAGCUGCCUCCUAAUGGAGUGAUUUGCCCGCGACGGGUGAUGAACGUCGAUGAGGGUCGUGACCGCUGCAAGAUCACGGAAUUAAAUCCAGCCAAGCUGAACCGCGUGGCAUUCUGUGUCGACGUGGAGAUUGCUGGCGUUUCACAUCGGGAUUCUGAUGAGGAUGCGCCUCCAACAAACCAAUUGCGACAGCCUCUACCCGAAUCCAAUCGCCAAAAGUCAAAAAACGCCGAUGUGAAGGAGAAGAGCAAAGAGGAGACCGCGGCGCCGAAGAAACCUCAACCUGCUGUGACUGAAAAGGAAGCACCUCUCCCGCCGAUCCCUCAAGAGACCGGUUCCCCUGAUACACCGUCUACAAAACCUCCUACACCACCUGCAACUGAAGCGACUACCCCGAAAACUUCAACAGAUGUAAAGCCCAAUGGAGAAGCCAAGGACCCGACACGGAAGCAGGAGAAGAAGAAGCGCUCAGAGGAAGAAAGAAGAGAACGCAAGGAACGUAAGCGCAGGCAAGCCGUGGCAAAUGGGUCGAUUCCGCUACAGCUCGAUGCAGAGCAUGACGAGGAGGAAAACCGUGCCCCAGCAGCUGGGAUUUCUCGCUCGAAAACCCAGAGUCACCCUACCACAGACCCCGUGCGUAUUUAUCGCCGCUGCUGUCAACUACGUGAAACGCCAGUCCUCAAGAGGAUUGUUGAUGAGAUCUCCUCGCCUUCCUCAACGCUGGCCGAAUCUCCUGGCACUGUCGCAGCUUUGGACCUGAGUAACUUCCCGAUGACUGCGCAAGAUAUCGCAACCUUCAGCGACUGGCUCGCAGUUGUGCCUGUGCGCAAGCUCAUUCUUGAGAAUUGUGCAUUAACCGAUGAUUCCGUGCGAGCCAUUCUUUCUGGGCUUCUUUCUACCAAGACAGUAGAGCAGAUGCGAUACCGGCGGAGACGGGCCCGGAAACCAGACUCACCCAUCGUCAAGGACGUCCGAUGGGGUGUUGUGGAAAAGCUCUCGCUUAAGAAUAACCCGAAGAUUGGGCGUGAAGGAUGGCGCCAUAUCAGUUUGUUCAUUCAUCUGUCUAAAUCCCUCAAGGCCAUUGAUCUGUCGGGGAUUCCUUUCCCCAAGCCCCGAGCAUCAUCUGAUAGCUCUACCGGCUCUGUAGGGCAGCCCCAAGCCUCUCCUGUUGAUGUUUGCACCAUAUUCGCGGACGCCUUGGGAGAACGCUUUGGUGGCGAGCAUCUUGAAGAAUUGCUGCUUAGUGAGUGCAUGCCUUCUAUGGAUCAAGUGAAGAAGAUCUGCGUUGCCGCCACCAAAAUGAGAUUGCGAAGACUGGGUCUUGCGAAUAAUGGUAUCACUCGGGAGGGCCUGGAACAUGUGAUCGAGUACCUCAAAGAUGGCAAUUGUGAAGGGCUGGACUUGGGUGGAAAUCUCAUCAAGGACGAUCUCGAUCUCAUCGUGGCUGCCAUUGAGCCCGAGCAGCCUCUUUUCGCACUCAGUCUUGCCGAUUGUUCACUGACACCAUCUGUGAUCUGUCCAUUGCUUCAAGCCCUUACGCGACUUCACAAUCUGCGCUUCAUGGACGUUUCUCACAACCCUGCGUUGUUUUCUUCACAGCCGAGUUCCCUUGGAGCAUUCCGACGAUUCCUGCCUAAGAUGCCAUCGCUCAAGCGCAUCCAUCUGGCAGAUGUUGACCUUUCGCCGGAUCAUGUCAUUGGUCUGGCCGAGGUUCUUCCAGAGUGUCCCAGCCUCUGUCAUCUCAAUAUUUUGGAGAACCCCCAGAUUGCUGCAGUGGCUUCUAGUACAGAUGCUGCUGCUCAAGAAGAGGCAUGUGCAGUCUAUGCUUCUAUGAUGGCUGCUGUCCGCGUUUCGAGAACGAUCAUUGCGGUGGAUAUCGAAAUUCCCACCGCAGAGAACAAUGAAGUUGUGAAGGCUCUGGCGUCUCAGAUUGUAGCAUACUCUCUUCGAAACCUCGAGGGUGGUGCAAUCGCAGAGGAACUGUCGGAAUCUAUCAUCUCCUCCCCUACUCGGGAUGUUCCUGUGCCUGAGAUCUUACAACAUAUCGUCGGCCAUGCAAACGGCCUCGAAGAGCCUUAUGAUGAAGAAGACGAUGCAGCUCCCGACGAGGACUACGUUAUCGGUGGUACAGGUGUCGUGAAGGCACUGGGUGUUUGUCUUGGCAACUUGAACCAAGACGGUGGCGAUGCGCUCGGAGACCAGUCAGCUCCUCCUAGCGGCACCACGACUCCCAGACGCCGCAAGUCUCGAGGCGUGGUUGCCAAGCGGCCUCGUGACAUGUCGAAGAACCUAUUGGAAUCGGCACGGAAUAUUCGAGCCCGGAUUCAGUCAGCUCUUAUUCGUGAGGACAGAGCUGGUAACGAUGCGAACUACAGACGUCUGCAAUUCUUGGACUUUACUCUCCACAGGAUGAUCCAACGCUUCGAAGACGAGUAUCCGGAGACUCGCAUCGUCCCUCAGCCGGCUCCUACAUCGGCUGCUCCCGACAACACUUCACAGCACUCCGGUGAGGAUGCAACCGGACCAAGCGUGGCCGGGAACUUGAAUGGCAGCGUCAUGGACAACGAGAACGCAAUUGACGACGAAGAAACCGACCAUUACGCCAUACAUCUCUCCCGCACCAGCUCCAUAACCUCCCUGCAUGCUCGUGCCAUGACAUCAGAGGAAGGCCACCUCCACCGACUCGGCCAGAAUCUCCGCCGUGACUUCCUUAAUCCACCACUCAGCCAAGGUGACCCUGACGAUGAUGCUGCCGCGCAUCUAGUGGCUCUACGGGAGAGACUGGAGCGUAUGCACGAGCAACAGUCCCAGUCACCCUUCGACAGUGCCGAAGCCGAAGAGGCCUUCGAGAAACUCGGUUCCACUGUUGACGAGCUUUGGGCCGCUCAACGCCAGGAUGUGGAGGGCUUCGAGCGAUUCAAGCAGUCCCAGAUUGCAGCGCAGAUCAACAGUGGUCUGCGUCUUGCCGCAUCCAUGCCUAGCGCCAGCAGCGGGGAGCCUUCCAAGAAAAGCCCCCUUGCAAACACUCAGCAAAGCUCUGAGAACAAAUCUCCCUCCCCUCCUUAA